GUGGCUGUGUGGCUGUAUCAUGUAUGUGAGGGCGUGCGUGGUGGGAGGGAGCCCUUGAGCACAUGGAGAUCCCCAGCCCGUCUUCCUGGGACAGGUAGUUGCAGAUGCGGCAGGAGGAAGAGGAUGGGGGUGUCCCUGGAUCUCACAGGGGUUUAUGAAGCCUGGCUUGGCCCCUGCGCCACUCCUCCCUUUCCUGUCCCUCACCUCCGGCCAACUGGGCCCUAACUGAAGAGGAGGAGGGGCCUGCGUGGGCCUGGGAGGGGCCCAGCGAAAGUGUUUUCACCACUUCCUUGCCUGGGCCCAGCGAGGAGCAGGAGGACCCCAACUUGGGAAGGGGGCGUGAAGCUCCCACGAAAAAGCAGCACAGUCCUGGGCCAGACCCACUGCUCUCUGGCCUCAGUUUCCCCACUUAUAAAAUGGGGAAUGCUGAACUAAGUGACCUCCCAGACAAUCCAACCAGGGGAGUGUGCUGCCCAGGAGCCCAGGAGCCCAGCCAGGCCCUCAGAACACCUGCCCUGGCCCCACCAUGCUCAUGACGUUCACCACUUCCGCUGUGCUUGGGCACCUCUCUCUGCCCAGCAACAGCAGCCAGGAGAGGCCACCGGACACCCGGGACCCGCUGCUAGCCCAGGCGGAGCUGGCGCUGCUCUCCAUAGUCUUUGUGGCCGUGGCCCUGAGCAAUGGCCUGGUGCUGGCGGCCCUAGCUCGGCGGGGCCGGCGGGGCCACUGGGCACCCAUACACGUCUUCAUCGGCCACUUGUGCCUGGCUGACCUGGCCGUGGCUCUGUUCCAAGUGCUGCCCCAGCUGGCCUGGAAGGCCACCGACCGCUUCCGUGGGCCAGAUGCCCUGUGUCGGGCCGUGAAGUAUCUGCAGAUGGUGGGCAUGUAUGCCUCCUCCUACAUGAUCCUGGCCAUGACGCUGGACCGCCACCGCGCCAUCUGCCGUCCCAUGCUGGCGUAUCGCCAUGGAGGUGGGGCUCACUGGAACCGGCCGGUGCUGGUGGCUUGGGCCUUCUCACUCCUUCUCAGCCUGCCCCAGCUCUUCAUCUUUGCCCAGCGCAAUGUGGGAGGUGGCAGCGGGGUCACUGACUGCUGGGCCAGCUUUGUGGAGCCCUGGGGCCGUCGCACCUACGUCACCUGGAUCGCCCUGAUGGUGUUUGUGGCACCUACCCUGGGUAUCGCUGCCUGCCAGGUGCUCAUCUUCCGGGAGAUUCACACCAGUCUGGUGCCAGGGCCGUCAGAGAGGCCUGGGGGGCGCCGCAGGGGACGCCGGACAGGCAACCCCAGUGAGGGAGCCCGUGUGUCAGCAGCUGUGGCCAAGACUGUGAGGAUGACGCUGGUGAUUGUGGUCGUCUACGUGCUGUGCUGGGCACCCUUCUUCCUGGUGCAGCUAUGGGCCGCGUGGGACCCGGACGCACCUCUGGAAGGGGCGCCCUUCGUGCUGCUCAUGUUGCUGGCCAGCCUCAACAGCUGCACCAACCCCUGGAUCUAUGCAUCCUUCAGCAGCAGCGUCUCCUCAGAGCUGCGAAGCUUGCUCUGCUGUGCCCGGGGGCGCACCCCACCCAGCCUGGGUCCCCAAGAUGAGUCCUGCACCACCGCCAGCUCCUCCCUGGCCAAGGACACUUCAUCCUGAGGACCUAUUGGGUGUCUUGCCUCCAGAGGCUUUGAGAAGCUCAGUUGCCUUCCUGGGGCUGGUCCUGGGGGCCACUGGGAGGGGGACCCAUGGAGAAUUGGCCAGAGCCUGUGGCCCCGAGGCUGGGACACUGUGUGUCCCUGGACAAGCCGCAGCCCCUGCCUGGGUCUCCACAUCCCCAGCUGUAUGAGGAGAGCUUCAGGCCCCAGGACUGUGGGGGCCCCUCAGGUCAGCUCACCAUGCUGGGUGUGGGAGGGGCUGCAGCAGACAGCUGAGGGGCCUGGGGGUGGCAGGAAAGAGGGAGCAGGUGCCCCCAGGUGAGACAGCGGUCCCAGGGGCCCAAAAAGGAAGGACCGGGCUGGGGCCAGGGGACCUUCCUGUCUCUGCCUUUCUAAUCCCUCCUUUCCUCCAUCUCUCCUCAUUCUCUCCCUAAUAAAAGUUGCAGCUCAGCUCAUUUUCCACA